AUGCCGCAGUCCGCACGGUUGCUCCGACCACCCCCCCAACCACUCAUGGCAGUACUGGUCUCACGACCAAGAUCGUUCUUACCGCCAGCACCGCCCGCGACGAGGAAAAUGGACCAGAAAAGUGCCCAAAGGCAACCGGCAGAACAGCCGACAACAGCGCCACCACAAAAUUCGAGACAACUCCAGAACCAGUCUCGAAUGCGGGAAUACCGGGGACAGAAAAAGGCAGCCAAACACACCACCUCUCAACAGUACCGCCUGGAAAAACCGGCACCUUCAACCACCCAACCGGCACCAGGCCCAAAGUCGCUGGAAGCAACCAACACGCCUGUCCCCGAGGCCAAGACACCGGAGGUAGCAAUGCCUACCGGACAAUCCGAGGCCACGGAACAACCGGCCACCGCCACUUCAAUACCGGUCGAUAUGGAGAUAUCACCGGAUGAGGAGGCGGAGCUGCUCUGCGGUCCCCCAGACGACGUGGACAUGGUGUUCCAAAUCACCAGCCCCGACCCCACGACGCCACCCCGACAUGGGUAG